AUGAAACGUGAACAUGACAUUUCAUCCUCGUCAUCUAUUCCUCCAUCCUCUCCGUCCCCAAUCAUGUCUACAGCUAAUUUUGCUGACAGUCGACAUCCAAAUGAUUCGUGCGCGUCGGAAUUAUCCUCUUCCGUUUCAUCCUCCUCAUCCUCACGAGCUAAAUCUGCGAGACGAAGUCGCAGAACGAAAUUAUCACCGAUUAGUCAAUCUCCCAAUCAUUCCCCUAUCAUAUCCUCAACCAUUAUUCCAUCAACAAACCCUCCCUCCUUUCCUUCCCCUCCUAUCUCCCAAAUUCCUUCUACCACCGAACCCGUUCUUGAAUCAUUGGUCGCCUUAAAUGGUUGUACUGAUGUGCAAAGUGACUCCCCUACCUCACACAGCCCUGAUACUCCUAAACCUCUUGAUCCAAUGGUCGCCUUAAUUGGUUGCACUGAUGAGGAUAGAAGUCCCACCAUUACCCAUUCCCCUCCUGAUACUGAAGUUGUUAUUAAUCCUUUGGUCGCCUUUAUUGGAUGUACUGAUGAUGUAACUGCGUCACACAAUCAUGGUCCUCUUCCUACACCCUCUCCCCCUAGUGAGAACGUUCCUAACCCUGUCAUCCGUGAUCUCUCUCCUGAUGAUGAUGAUGAUGACCCUUUUGAUAUCCCCCCUCCCCUUUCUCCUCCUCGUCCCUCAUCCCAAUUCUCAUUCCUUAGCAGACCCCCUUCCCCUCCAUCUUCCCAUACAUCACCUUACUCCCUGAAUCCCUCUGCUCCUGUUUUUCAAUCAACUCAAAAUAUUUCCCUUUCACCUCCACUCGGUGCCAUUCCAUCUUCGCCCAUCAAUGGUUCCACCUCUUCUAAUGUUGAUGAUUCUAUCCCAACCAAUUCAUCACCUGAUGCCCCCACCGAAUAUUCCUCCAAAUUCAUCGAGAAAUGGUCGUCAUCUUUCACUGCCAAUUCCAGCUGGCAAGAAUUUUCUGAACAGUGUGAUCAGUUUGCUAAUGACGUCGUCUCUGAAUGUGAGAGUAAUUUCCAGAGUAAGAAGAAUGCUGUUCCCUGCCGUCCUGGUCGCCCUUCUGCUAGGCCUAUUAGUAAUAACCGGAGGCCUCUUCAAUACAACCCUAUUGGAGCCCGGAGGAUCCAGAGUCUAUACCGAAUUUCGAAGAAACGUGCGGCGAGACAAGUAAUCAGUGAUAACAAACCCUCUUACUCCGGUUCGGUGGAUGAGGCAAACGAGUUUUUCUCACGAGUAUUCAGGGAGAAAACUGUUGAUGCUGAUGCGGUGAAGAAAGGAUUGGAUGAGUUUGUUCCUUCUGGGCCGAAAGACAAUACUCUUGGUGACCCUAUUACAUCGGCAAAAGUUUCCAAGAAGCUGUGCUUCUUGUCGAACUCUGCCCCUGGCGCUGAUAGAGUUGAGUAUCGUCACCUCAAAUCUGUAGACCCUAAAGGAGUGAUCUUGUGUAACACCUAUAACCGUUGUCUCCUUGAGAAUGAUGUCCCUGUUCAGUGGAAGUCGUCUCGGACAGUUCUUAUUCAUAAGAAAGGUGAUGUUAGUGAUGUCUCUAACUUCCGACCUAUUGCACUUAUGAGCUGCAUAUAUAAGUUGUUUAUGAGUGUAAUGGCUGAGCGUUUGGUGAACUAUUCUAUUGAGAAUAACUUACUAUCAAGUUCCCAGAAGAGCGCGAGACCCACGGAAGGUUGUUAUGAGCACACAUUCAUUUUACAAUCCCUUGUCCUUGACGCCAAACGACACCAGAAAAACCUAUUGCUUGCCUGGUUAGACCUUCGAAACGCAUUUGGUAGUGUUCCUCAUGAUGUCAUUUCGGUCACCUUAUCCCAUCUUGGUGUUCCUGACUCUGUUGUGAAUCUUGUUAAGAAUGUGUAUACGAAUGCCACCACUGAAGUUCGUACACCGGCCGGUAUCACCCCUGGUAUUCCCAUCAACGCGGGUGUCAAGUAA